UCGCCGGUGACGUGUGUCCCACGUGACCAGGAGUCGACGUGUGCAGAAGUCCUGCUAAGUCCGGUCCUUGUUCCCGUCCACCGCUCUUCGGCAGUGGGGGCGGCGGUUCCUGGGACCUGGCGAAGGAGUCCAAUUGCCUCAACUUUUCAGGUCCGAGGGGUCUGUUGUUGUUGGCGCUCCACAAGCACUGGAAAAGGUCGGGAAGGAACUGACCAGAUCUGCACAAGAAUAAUAAACAGUAAAAAAGAGGAAAAGAAAACAAGGAGCGGGGGAAAAAAGGAAGAAUAAACACAAGAUGAAACCCUGUCAGAUUAUUGAAGAGAAACCAGAAAAUGAGAGUGAACCAAAGCCUGAAGAAGCGCCAAAGCCGGAGGAAAAUCCAGAGGAGGAGAAAGAACCAGAGGAAGAAAAUGCAGAGGAAACUUUUAGAGAAAGGCUGAUUCAGUCUCUCCAGGAAUUUAAAGAAGAUAUACACAACAGGCAUCUCAACAGUGAAGAUAUGUACAGGGAAGUGAAUGAGUUAGAUGAGAUAAGGAGAGUAAGAAACAAACUUAUAGUGAUGCGUUGGAAAGUUAAUCGAAACCACCCUUAUCUCUACUUGAUGUAACACACUCGUUUUCCUUAUAUUAACAUUGCCAUUUUGCUCUUUUUGAUUUUUAGUUUCCCGAUAAUAGCUUUGUGCAUUUUCUACUUUCAACUUGUUGCUAAUAGUAGUUUUAGUGCUUUGCUUGUUCAUUGUAUUUUGAGCCGUUCUGUAAGUCUCUGUCUUUUAAUAGGAGAGCUUAUUUGUACAAAAGAGGUUCCUGAUAGGAUAUAACAUGAAAAAGCUUACUAAGUAGUAUGUGAAUUUCAUAUUUUUGCAAAGGAAGAGUACAUAUAUAUUUUACAUAUGUGCACAGAAAAAAGUGAAGUUUGAAGGAGUUAGUUAAUUGUAGGGCUAUGAGUGAUUUAUAAAACUCUGCUUAUUGUAUUUCCUUACUGCUAUGAUGUACACGCAUUAUCUUUAUAAUAAUAAUAAAAGUAUUAUAACAAAAGAAAUGUAUUAUAACAAAAGAAGUAACCAGCAUCACUUACUAGUUUAUUUCUCAAGAUACUCGGUCACCAAUAUAAGUUGACAGAAUUUUAAAAGGAAAUAUGAAUACCAAAGAACCAUGAAGCCACUUAAAGAACCUUUUCUAAUGUAUUUUCUCAUAUCCAAAAUAGAGAUGUGAGCUGUA